ACAGGAAUCUUCCAGAAAUGCAAGCACAUCAUGGACAACACCACUUGGCUGGCCAACCACACUGGAGGAGGGUCUGAUUUCAUCCUGUUGGGAUUCUUCAGUCAAUCCACACACCCAGCUCUGCUCUGUGUGGUCAUUUUUGUGAUUUUCCUGAUGGCCCUGUUUGGUAACAUCAUCUUGAUUCUCCUGAUACACUCUAAUGCCCACCUCCACACUCCCAUGUACUUUUUCAUCAGCCAGUUGUCUUUCAUGGACAUGAUGUACAUUUCCGUCACUGUGCCCAAGAUGCUCCUGGACCAGAUCAUAGGUUUUAAAAAGAUCUCAGUCCCUGAAUGUGGGAUACAGAUGUUCCUCUACUUGACACUAGGAGGAUCAGAAUGUUUCCUUCUAGCUGCCAUGGCCUAUGACCGGUACAUGGCCAUCUGCCAUCCACUCCGUUACCCUGUCCUUAUGAACCAUAGGAUAUGUCUCCUCCUGGCAUCUGGCUGUUGGUUCUUGGGUUCAGUGGAUGGUUUCAUGCUCACUCCCAUCACCAUGACCUUCCCCUUCUGCAGAUCCAGGGAGGUCCAUCACUUUUUCUGUGAGGUUCCUGCCAUAAUGAAGCUCUCCUGUUCUGACACCUCACUUUUUGAGACACUCAUGUACCUGUGCUGUUUGCUCAUGCUCCUCAUCCCUGUGACAGUCAUUUCAAGCUCCUACUCUUCAAUCCUCCUCACCAUUUACAGGAUGAAAUCAACAGAGGGCCGAAAGAAGGCCUUCACCACUUGUUCUUCUCACAUGACUGUGGUCACCCUCUUCUAUGGCGCUGCCAUCUACACAUACAUGAUUCCCAGCUCCUACCACACCCCAGAGGAGGACAUGGUAGUACCUUUCUUUUACACUAUCCUUACUCCUGUACUAAACCCUUUAAUCUAUAGUCUUAGGAAUAAAGAUGUCACAGGAGCUCUGAAGAAAAUGUUGAAGGUGGGAUCUGUCUUUUAA